AAGGAAAGCGGAGCAGCGGGCGAGUUUCUGAGCGUUGGUCCGACAGGAGGCGCUGCGGCUCCUGGGCUCUUACCCCCUGGCGGCGGCUGCUAAAGAGAGGCGAGUUUCCUGAGAGAUAGAAGGAGGAUCCUCCCCGCUGCAGCGGCAGACUGUCAUCGGGGCUCUCGAAUCAUGGAGUUGCGAGCCGAGCUUUUAAAAUCUAUCUGGUACGCCUUCACGGCCUUGGACGCGGAGAAAAGCGGCAAAGUGUCCAAAUCUCAGCUGAAAGUGCUCUCUCACAACCUCUACACUGUGCUUUGCAUCCCUCAUGAUCCUGUGGCACUGGAGGAACACUUCAAGGAUGAUGAUGAUGGGCCAGUAUCAAGUCAGGGGUAUAUGCCAUAUCUCAACAAAUACAUCCUGGAUAAAGUAGAAGAAGGUGCUUUCGUCAAAGAGAGUUUUGAUGAGCUUUGCUGGACAUUGACAGCAAAGAAGAAUUACAAGCCAAACCGGAAUGGGAACAGUGUUGUACCCCAUGAAGAUGCUUUCAAACUUUGGUGUCUCUUUAACUUCUUAUCGGAAGACAAGUACCCUCUUGUUAUGGUUCCUGAUGAGGUGGAAUACCUCCUGAAGAAGAUCUGUACAGCCAUGAGCAUUGAGCUCAGCAGUGGUGAGUUAGAGGACUACUUUUCCCAAGAAGCCCAACAACAGAGUGGUUUGACAGUCUGGCAAUUUCUUGACUUGGUUAACUCAGGCCGGUUUUUACGGGGAAUUGAGCGUGAGGCCAUUAGUAUGGCUGUUGAAGAGGUCUACCAGGAGAUCAUUGGAGAUGUGCUCAAACAGGGCUAUCUGUGGAAGAAAGGUCAUCUGAGGCGGAACUGGUCUGAGCGAUGGUUCACCCUAAAACCCAGUGAUCUCUCUUACUAUGUGAGUGAGGAACGGAAGGAGAAAAAGGGGAGCAUUUCUUUGGACAGAAACUCAUGCGUGGAGAUCUUGCCCGACAAGGAUGGGAAACGGUGCAUGUUCUGUGUAAAAACAGCUUCUCGGACUUAUGAAAUGAGCGCCUCCGACACCCGGCAAAGGCAGGAGUGGACUCUUGCCAUCCAGAUGGCGAUCCGCCUCCAGGCAGAGAGCAAGAAGUCCCUGCACAAGGAUUUGAAGCAGAAGAGGCGGGAACAGCGAGAGCAGCGAGAGCGAAAGAAGGCCGCCAAGGAGGAGGAGAUGCAGCACCUGAAGCAGCUGCAGGAGGAGAAGGAGCGCAAGCUGCAGGAGCUGGAGCUGCUGAAGGAGGCCCAGCGCCAGGCCGAGCUCUUGCUCCAGGAGGAAGAGCAGCGGCGCCAGCAGCAGCAUGAGGAAAUGCAGAGGAUGCUGGAGAUACAGUUGCAGGAGGCUGAACAGGCUCGUGCUAACAUGCAGGCUGAGAUGGUUCUGAAAGAGGCAGAGGCGGAACGUCAGCGCAAGCGCAUCACAGAACUGGAGGAGAUGCAACAACGACUCCAAGAUGCACUGCAGCAGGAGGUUAAAGCUCGUCAGGAUGAAGAGUCUGUGAGAUAUGCACAAGCCAGGCUGUUGACUGAAGAGGAAGAAAAAUUGAAGCAGUUGAUGAAGCUGAAGGAAGAGCAGGAGGAGUACAUCAUCAAGGCCCAACAUGAAAAGCUGGUCCUCAAGCAAGAGAUGGAAAACAAGAGCAAGUUUCUGGAAGAGGCCCAACAGCAGCUGGAAGAAGUGAGAGUUAACAGAGAAAGGGUGGACCAGGACGUCAUGUUGGCCCAGCAGAAGCUCCAACAAGCCAGCACGAAUGUAAAACACUGGAAUGUUCAGAUGAAUCGGCUGAUGCACCCCAUUGCCCCAGGAGACAAGCGUACAGCAGUGAGUGGAGGGUUCCCUGGUUUCAGUCCUGCACUCCUGUCCAGGAGAGAUUCCUCCCUCAAACUGAAGCAGAAUCUGGAAAAGAAGAAAUCUGAUGAUUCUUUUAUGAAGAAUGGAAACCAGGAAAACCUAAAUGGAGAGACUGAGAAGCAGCUGCAGGCAUCUGAUAAGAAAAAUCCUAGUUCAGAAACUCUCUGAUUAGCUACAGAAGUGAUGCAAACCCACUUGUUGAAGUUUAGGGACCAGGAAUUAGACACCACAACAGCCUGAAAUAGCUGUGGUUAUAUACAUAUGAGUACUGAACAGAUGUAAAGAUUGUAUAGGGAAGUAUGGUGAUGAUUCUAGCACCUGAUGUAUAUAAAAUGGACAGAAUCCAAAAUACAUGAAUAUGGUUCUUUGGGGUUACAGUUCCCACUGUGGCACACUUUAUUUGGCCUCAGCAGAAGAUGAGAAAUCCUGGUCACACUGUCUCAUACUUUGCUCUUACUGGCACGAGGAAUUCCUAACGGCUGCUGUUGCUGGUUACCACCACUGUAAUAUGCCAAGAAGUUUGUCAUUCAUUCUCUUUAAAAGUUUUUUUUUUUAAUGGUAAAAUCUAUAUUAUGCACUAUUGUGGUUUGGAAUAUGUUCAUAUAAAAAAACUAGGCCCUGUUUCUUCAGGGUAAUAUUGUUUAAUUUCUGCUUCUUUCAUUAAUCUUUUAUUAUUUGGCAGCUGAAGCUACUGAACACGUACAGCCAGAGUUUGUGUAAUGAAUUAUGUUUCUAACUCUCUUGAAACCAAUCGGCAACCUUGUCAAAGAGGUUGUCUGGAACAAUCAACUUCAGUGGACAGCUGUGUAAUAUAUAGUAUGAAUUUUAAACUGAAAAUCUGUACUUUUCUUUAGCAAGCAUUAUGAAAUAUAUGCCCCUUUUGUUUCCAAAAUGCAAAGAGCCAGCUAAGAAUUCUUUAGAGAGAGGAAAGGCCCUGGAAGAUCCAUCAUAACAUUUUGCAGAGGGGCCACAGCUGGUGUCCUAAGAAGAGUCUCUUAUAAAAGCAACUGUAAAUAGAAUUCCUGGUGCGUAAUCGGGGGGGGGGGAUGGAGAGUAGUAAGAAAGGCAAGGGAAAGGAAGGAUUAGUGGAAGACAGGGUGGGAAAGUGAAGGAGAAAGAUAUUAUGCUCCAGCGUAAGAAAAGAGUUCUAACUAAAUAGAAGUAGUUAAAAAAAAGUUUGAAGUGGGGACCUUAUCUUUGCACUAUAGCAUGAUAAAAUGUGAACCUAAUCACAGAAAUAAGUCCCACUGAAUGCAAUGGGACUUACUCCUUACAAAGUAUAUUUAGAAUGGCAACCUAGGAAUCGGAAAGAUUAAUAGUAGUUUCUCAGAGCAGAAAGUGGUACGAGUGGUAUGCACCCUCUUUUGUCCCACAGUUUUUGCAGGGUCCGAAGCACUACAAAAAAGCCUGCAAACCCUGUUUGACCAGGGAUACACCAUGAGCAAUGAUGGUUCUGACAUACCAGCUUCAACUCUCUGAAAAACAAUUGUCAGGGUACAGUCUCAAUAAAAAUAAUCUAAGCUUUUAUCAAAUUCCUCUCCAUGUGUUUAAAUUUCAAUACUGGGGAGAAGAAUUCUAGUCUGGCCUUCUUCCUGAUAAGUUACUUUUAUGUGCAGGGAUUUCCCUCCUACCCUUCUCUGGAGCAUUCAGUAAUGCUCCUUCCCUACCUUCAGUGGAAAUGGGCAGCUGUUCCACUGUGUCUAAUACUUGUAAAAUGAAGAUCUUAAUCUUUAAAUCUUUAAUCUUUUAAUCUGUAUUUUAAUUUUUGUAGUAUUUAUUUUGUUUUUGCUGUGCUUUUCGUUGUUUGUUUGUAUAUGUUUUUGUAUUUUUAUUAUGAUAUAUUGUAUUUUAUUUUGUUUGUUCACCGC